CAGACUAGAGGGACACGCACGAGUCAAAUCAUUCAAAGUAUUGUAGUGGACCUAAAACUAUGUGAAAUGGAUGUUGAAAGCGAACCAGUUUCAUUAGAAACAAACCCAGAGAGCUCAGCAGAUGAAAUUCCUGUGAAACAAGACAAUGGACACAGCAUUGAAGACCAAAUUCAGUCGCGGAAACGCCCAUUGAGAGACAUAUCUACUGGAUUUACCAAAGCAGUUAUCAUCUGCAACUCGUCAGAGCUUACAAAAAGCGAAGCUAACACAUACAGACCCAACAACAUCGUCAUAGAAUUGCUCAAGAAGAAUCCAAUGAGAUAUGGAAAAUUUACCUUCAAGAAGUUUACAUCAGAAGGGGAAAUAAGAGAAGGACUAAGCUUAAGAUUCACGAUCCUAAAAAACAAAAAAUUUUGGUUUGCCUCCGCUGAUCAGUAUGGGAAGUUGAAUUUUCGUGACAUGGAAGAAUGGUCGGGGCGCAACCUGCGUCGAUGGCUGCCUGGAAGUUCAGCUAUGUAUAUUAUUCUUGAGAAUUCCCAAAUUGACAACGAAAGGGAAUCACGGUCGAGUUCAGACCUGUCUAAAGACGCCCCAUACAGUGGUAUAUCUUGUACAACGGUACGAGCCGGCACUUCAACUACAACACCAGUAUCUUGGCAUGAUAAUAACUCCCAAAGAGCCUUGCUGGACUUUCUAUCGUCGUCUGAAAAGUCGAAGUUGUGCAAUACUCAAAAAAUGAAGAUGUUUGCUAUCAAUGCUGGACAGCAAGAAUCGAGACCUCAAAAUGAGUCAUCAAAAUCGCCCGCUCGACUGGACUUGCGCACUCUAGCUUUACAUACGAAGAAUGAACGAACUGACUUGGAAUCUCGACUUGUUUUAAGAAGACAGCAUAGUUUUUCAAGCAAGGAAACAUCGACUCAUGAAGCUUCUUUUUCACCAAAGCGAAGAAGGUUUCAUAUGUCUCAGAGUGUGCCAUGUUUUGCUAGGUUAACAGGAAAUAAUAAACCCUUUAUAGGUGAUAAAAAUUUAGAAAAUUUAGAUAAAAAACUAGAACAUCAUAUUUUAGAAAACAAAAGAGGAAAAAAUGACGUUGCGCAGUCCUCUCACGAAACCAUGAAUACACUUUCAAGAACGCUUUAUGAAAAUUCUCCAGAAAAACACACCAAGUUGAUUUCUAAAAAACCUUUUAUUCCAAAAGAUAGUAAUCUUGGACCAAGAGCAAGCUCCAAUGAAUCCUUAGAAAGUAUAGGAGAAAAUAAGGAAUCAACGCAUUCAUCUCCUCGGGAAAGUCCUCAAAGGAUCACGAAUUACCCCGAUGCUUCUAGAAUACCUGGAUUUUUUCAGCCAUAUUACUUGGUUCCCGAUCCUCGUACAGUAUUGGGGCGUAGACCAACAUCUGAUGAACAAAAAGAAACAGAAGAAAAAGUUUCCAGUGGGGUUUCAUGUGCUGAUAGGGUCUCUCCCAUACAAGCAAUUUACGUCCCCAGCACAGGCUUCUACCCAUGGGGACAAAUCAACCAAGGAAGCGCAGCGCACUUACCGGAUAAGGGACCUGGUCAGGUUGCUUUUGUACCUUUUGAAGUGUUACCCUAUUCAACUAGUAGAAAGUUGUUCCCUGGUGUUACCUCGACAAACAUAGACAGGAACUACGAGACAUCUAGACAAGAGGUACCAGACCUGAACAAGAUCGACCAAAGGAGCUUAAAAGAAACUCACUCACACGAAGUAAAAGAAGAAAAACAAAUCCCAGAGAAAAAGACAAACGGUCCAUUGAUAGAAAACUCGGAGGUUUCCAUGGAAACAAGCCCAUUUGAACUGAAUGACACUAAAAAGAUUAAAGAUAAAGAUCUGGUUCAAAAAUUCCUCGAAAUGCCGUCCAGAAUAGACGAAAGCCGAAUUAAAGAAGGUAAAGAUUUGAAGUAUGAUUGCGAAAUGUUUCCCAGUUCUGGACCUUGCAAGGGCGGACAGUCGUUCGUUGUUGUUCUAAAUCACCCGCUAGAAGAAGACUUCGAUCAAGCUACUUUUCGCGCCAAAUUUAACGACCACACUUCGUUGGUGAAGCUGACGCGUGUUGAUCGUUCUACCCUUAAGGGAAAAGCUGUUCCAGAGUCGUCAGAGUCAGGUCACGUGACUGUUCGGGUCGAGGCAGAUGGUCAUCUUAUCGGCUGCACGUCCUUUAUUUACGAAGAUGGUUUUGCCGAUGGGCUAAGAAAAGUGAUGUUUUCUGGUGAAAAUGGUGAAAUGAUGCUACGAUUCAUGACUGCUUCUGAAAAUGAAAGACAUGAAUUGCAGG